AAUAUAUCUAUAGUGUUAUACAAAUAUAUAGAAAAAAUCUCUAGGGUUGUUUGGACUAAAGAUAUUUAAAACAUGAGUGAUCAGUAUAGUUAUAGUGUUGAUGUGAAGAGUUCGGGAGUUGUUAUAUUAAAAUUAUUAACUCGUUCUGUGAUCAGUUAAUUAAUUUGGCAAUUUAUUAUUAAGUGGCAGUGUAAAUAUUUUGUAGUUUCAAUAAAAAUGUUUUCCGGAUGUAAAAAUCACAGGAUUCGCGAAGAAAGGACACCUCUUGUUUUAGGAUCAAGAAGAGGUUAUGGAUCUGUUGCGCACUACUAUAAUUUCUUGAGAUUGUCAUCACAAAGAUUUUCCCUCAUGAAUUCUUCCGCAGUGGCCAUCGACCGUUCGGACCUGAUGUGUUCGUUGGGUCAUAGGACACUUCUUUCGUACCUGGAUGCCGGAGAUGCUCAGGCACUACGAGAUUUUUUAUCCAGUAGACAACAUCAAGUAGAUGACAGGGACGAGAAUGGAACCACCAUUCUCAUGUUGGCAGCCUCGAGGGGUUCAUCGCCUUUCUGUCGCGAGCUUUUAUCUCUUGGAGCAGAUGCCGCAGCCGAAGAUCAUGAUUCCUGGACGGCGAUGCACUUUGCGGCCCGCAACGGUCACGCCGCGCCGCUGCGGGCCCUAAUUGAGCAUGGGGCGCCAAAGGAACACCGAGACAUGGGUGGUUGGACACCAUUGUUGUGGGCUUCAUACAGGGGGCAUACAGAAUGUGUUCGCAUUUUAUUAGACGCAGGAGCAGACGUGCAAGCAAGAGGUGGAUACAACUUAAGUGCAUUGCUUUGGGCCGCAGGAAGGGGGCACACUGAAGUCGUCAGAUUACUUGUUGAACGAGGUGCCAAAGUUAAUGUGGCUGAUAAAUACGGAACCACAGCAUUAGUAUGGGCUUGCAGACGUGGGUGCUUAGAAAUUGUGGAUAUACUUCUGAAGGCGGGUGCUAGUGUUGAUUCUUCCGGAAUGUAUUCCUGGACGCCAUUGUUAGUGGCUGUUCAAAAUAGGCAUCAAGAAGUUGUUUCACGUUUACUUCAACAUAAACCAAAUGUGAAUGCAUUAGACUCGGAUGGAGCCACAGCACUUGCCAUUGCCUGCCGGGAAGGCUUAGCAGAAAUUGCUCAUAUGUUAGUAAAUGCUGGUGCUUAUGUUAACUUGCAGGACAGGACCGGUGAUAGUCAAUUGAUUCAUGCAGUAAAAGGCGGCCAUCGUGGUAUUGUGGAAUCGCUCUUGAAACGACAUGCUGAUCUAGAUGUUCCUGGUCGGGAUAGAAAAACUGCCAUAUAUACAGCGGUAGAAAAGGGUCAUACUGCAAUAGUACGGCUCUUGUUGGCUGCUAAUCCUGAUCUUGAGAUACAAACUAAGGAUGGGGACACCGCACUUUUAAGAGCUGUGAGAACUAGAAAUGUAGAAAUUGUAACAUUGCUAUUAGAUAAAAAAGCUAAAAUUAAUGCUGUAGACUUCAAGGGAGAUACAUGUCUUCACAUUGCAAUGAGAGCGAGAUCUAAAGCGAUAGUGGAAGUGUUGCUUAGAAAUCCUAAGCAUAGUCAGUUGCUAUACAGACCAAAUAAAGCUGGAGAAACUGCAUAUAACAUUGAUAUGCAUCAUCCAAAAACAAUUUUAGGACAAAUUUAUGGAGCCAGAAGACUCAAUACAAAUGAGGAUUGUGAGGGAAUGCUUGGAUAUGAAUUAUAUAGCAGUGCUCUUGCAGAUAUUUUAAGCGAUCCAGGGCUUACUAUGCCUAUCACAGUUGGAUUAUAUGCUAAAUGGGGUUCUGGAAAAUCAUUUCUGCUUUCCAAACUUAAAGAGGAAAUGAAGAGUUUUGCACGUCAAUGGUGUGAACCAGUUGCUGGUGCUCCUUGGUUAGCAGUAUGGCUUUGCGCUCACCUCGCAUUGUUAGUUGGUCUUGCUACUGGAUUGGGUACAUUUUCUUGGAUAUGGGGACUUGCUGCUGGAUUGAUUACUGUUGGAGUGUUACUUAGCGCUUAUUUAUCGCUCAGAGUUGCCAGCAAUAGAUAUGAUUGCUAUUGGCCCUACAAUCUGAACGUGUCAAUAAAUCGACGUUUGAAUUCUUUGAAAUUGUUACUGCAAGUGUUAUUCUGUCACCCACCUGGACCAAGAGCAUCGUCAGCACCAUCGGCUGACCCAGUACAUUUUUACUUUGCAGAUCAAAACAAAGGCGCAGGCGCAGACGGCGAAGGAGCCAUGGUACACAUGUUAACAUCUUUAUUUGAAGUGAUAGAACGCGAUUAUGGUCUUAUUUCAACGCGCUUAUUCCGAGCAUUUCGACCACGACCUUUUAAAUCCAACUCUGGCUGGCGAUUUCGUCGUUUUUGUUGUUUUCCUAAUAUCUUAUUGUUUGAAGUCACUCUGCUUGCUUUUAUAGCGACCGCAAGUCUUGGAUUAUACUGCUUGCUGGAUGCAAAUCAAUCGAUAAGUGAUUCUAACUUAACAGUUGUACUUAUGGCUCUCGGACUUGGGUUGGCUGUUAUUUUGACGGCUAAUAUUCAAUCACUAGGAAGAGCCGCUGUUUCAUUGAUCUUUGGCCCUAAACACCAUCUGCAGAAUGCAAUUAAGAAUAACAGCGAUCCAAUUACUGGACUAGCUAACGAAGUUGCACUUAUGAGUGAUCUGGUUACGUGUUUGGAUGCUUUUACGAAUCAACAGAGCAGACUAGUUGGUAUCAUAGAUGCUUUGGACAGUUGUGAUGUUGAGAAAAUAAUUGCUAUGUUGAAUUCUGUACAUCAACUGUUAUCGGAACCUAAGAGACCGUUCAUAGUACUCUUAGCAGUGGAUCCGCAUAUUAUUUCAAAGGCAGUCGAAUCCAAGAGCAGGCGUGUUUUCAGCGAAGGCAGUAUAGGAGGUCACGAUUUCUUACGAAAUUUAGUGCAUUUGCCAGUUUACUUACAAAACUCUGGCUUGCGUCAAGCUCAACGCGCCCAAAGUACUGCUUUGGUACAUCGAAGCAGGAAUAAAGAAGAUGAUGGUGAAAUGUUAACUGGAUCGGUAUCCAAUCGUCGUCUAUCUUCGGCUUCAGAACUAAUGGCAUCUCAAGAAAAACUUCGACCGCCAAGAGGAUCUCGUAAACUACGUCUUUCAGAUUCUAUUGCAAGUUCCAUAGGUUCUAAUUUGCAUCGCGUUGGAACUGCAGGUGGUGCUGGUAGUUCUACUCAGCCGCAUUGGGAUUUAUCCAAAAUGCUUUUGGCGGACGAUUACUUUAGCGAUGUUAAUCCUAGGAGUAUGCGUCGUCUGAUGAAUGUAAUAUACAUCACAGGUCGAUUGUUAAAAGCAUUCCAUAUUGAUUUUAACUGGUACAGAUUAUGUUCUUGGAUAAAUCUCACGGAACAAUGGCCUCUGAGAGCAAGCUUGAUAGUCUUAUAUCAUGACAACAUGGGAGAUAGAUUAGAUGAUAAUUCUUCAUUGCACAGUUUAUAUGACAAGGUUCGGGCACAAGUACCAGCUUUGAAAGAAGCGGCGCCUUUAUUGGAACUUGAUAGGGAUGAGCGCAAAUUAGAUGCCUUCUUGUCUCUGCAUAAAACAACCUUGCAAGUUGCUGAUUUGAGAGUUUUUAUGCCGUUUACAAUAAAUUUAGAUCCAUAUUUGCGCAAAGUACUUAAAGAGGAUCAACAAAACAUGGAAGACGAAUCGGUAGUAACUAAUGUUCGAUCUCCGCCGACUGGUAUUUGGCAACCGAUUCCCAAUGUUCCUCAAAUGCCGUGGAUGCCACAACAGAUGAUCAGACCGACUUUGGUACCACCAAUUAUUAAUGCUCCUCAGCAACAACCUAAUAUGCAACAAUGGUGGCCUGGACCAAUGCAAAAUGAUCCAAGAAACUACGAGCCGCCUUUUAAUUUACCGAUUGACAUUCCUCCUUGCCGUUUGUCUUCAUUGAGUUGCGAUGAUAUAGAAAAAUUGAUGUUGCAAGUGGAUGAAUUAAAACCAUUAGUACCGAGUGUUGCUCCUAAAUUACAUCAAAAUUGUGUAACAGGACGUGUACUAGCAAACUGUGAUCUUAAGGAAUUAAAAAGCGUUUUAGGCAUUACAUUUGGACAUUGGGAAGUUUUCCGAAUGUUUGUUGAAGGAUUGCGUGUAAUGGAAAUGACCCCACAAGCUCCUUGGAAUUGUCAUCAACGACCCCAUCAAGAAGAGGAAGAAAUAGCUCAUACCAUUGUCCCGCCAAGAAUCAAGCCUGAUACUAUUGAGAAACAGGUGACCCUAGAAGAGCAAACAAUAUGCGGCGCAUUGCAAACUCUUAACGAGGAAGCAUUGGAGGAUGUCCUCAGCGGCGAUUCUUUGCCGAAAACAAAUGGAACCGGCAACGCAGAUGAGACUUAUGCCGUGCCUGUGUCAAAUGGAGGAAGAUCAGCUCCCAGUACACCUCCAAAUAUUAAGAGAGAACUCUCAAUUUUAAAACAUUCCGGAAGCCUAAAGAUCGGACCAGGAAAACACGUCUCUUACGAGUCCAAAACUACUAAUGGCGAAUUUUCCGAGGAUAAAAUAGGAAAUUCGCACCACGGACGGCCAGCUACCUUAACGUUAGUUGUUCAAUCAAGGCGCGACAGGUCGCACGAUUUGGCCUCAGACGACGAAUCGGCUCCGCUUGUCACGCCUUUGACGACUGCCUCAUCGGAGGCUCUGGAACCUCACAUAGUACCCACUGUCUAAUUAGAAUGUAAGAUACAAAUAGAAGAGUUUACUUUGAGAUUAUAAUUGCUUUGGUAAGUUAUUAGAUACGUACUUAAAUCCAAAGAUAUUGAAGUAUAGAUUGUUACUUAAACUAUGUUGAAGCUGGUUUUCGAGUGAAUUAUUUCGAUUAGUGUGUAAUGUCGCCAUGAAUUUGGUGAGAUGAGGAUUGAUAUUGGCUUGUUUGUUUAUGGCAUUUUAUUUAUUUAAGUAUUUAGUUAACGGUUUUUAUAUAAAUAUUUACCAACCAAUUAUUUGUUGAUUUAU